GGUUGACUUAUUCCCAUCAAAUUUUCCUUUUUAAAAUCUCGUAGUAAGCCAACAAGGCAACAACCCCACCCUUCAUCGCCGGCCAAUUUGCUAUCAAAAUCUGAAACGAUAUACGGAGUAGCAAACAACCGUAAAAGGAUCAGCAAAUGGCUCAAGUACAGCAAAGUUCCAUGGAUUCAAUCGAAAAGCCUAAGAACAUCCUUAAUAGCCCAGAACUUCUUCAGUAUAUAUUGGAAACCAAUGCAUACCCAAAUGAGCAUGAACAACUCAAGGAAAUUCGACUCGCUACUGUCGAAAAAUACCCUCAAUUGUACACAAUGAACGUUCCUGUUGAUGAAGCACAACUUCUUUCAGUCAUGUUAAAGCUGAUGAACGCCAAAAAUACGUUGGAGGUCGGUGUUUUUACAGGCUACUCGCUUCUUUCCACUGCCCUUGCUCUUCCUGAUGAUGGCAAGGUUAUAGCAAUUGACAUGAACAGAGAAGCCUAUGAGGUUGGACUACCUUUCAUUCAAAAAGCUGGAGUUGAACAUAAGAUUGAGUUUGUUGAGGGAACUGCCUUACAAAUCUUGAAUGAUCUCCUGAAGAAUGGUAAAGAAGGGACAUUUGAUUUUGCAUUUGUGGAUGCUGAUAAGAAAAACUACAAGAACUACCAUGAAGUGUUGCUGAAACUUGUCAAGGUCGGAGGAGCCAUUGCUUACGACAACACCCUUUGGUUUGGUUCUGUUGCAUUUUCCGAGGAGGUUGAGUUUUUUGAAGAUGGUGAUCAAGAAAACAGGUCUUUUAGACAAAGUGUUCGAAAACAUACAAAGGAAUUAAAUAGCUUUCUCGCAAGCGAUCCUCGAGUUGAAUCUGCCCUUAUUUCAAUUGGAGAUGGUGUUACUCUCUGCAGGAGAAAGAGUUAACUAAGUGUGAUAGUGUAUAAAGAAAAGAAAAAGUAAUCAUACUUUAUGUAUCUUUGAUCAUAACAAUGGACUUCAGCUGAGUUAUUGAUCUGAAACAUAUGAUUUGCAAGUGA